GCUUUUUUCCUUUUCCAGGGCGGCGGCGUAGCCGGGGGCGAGGGUGUGAGCCUACCGCUAGGCGCCGUCCCCGGCUUUGGUGAUGUGACCACUGGGCUGGAAAGGUGCAGCUUCGGGAACAGAAUGAGCAUCCCCAGAGCAGGACGUGUCCCCGUUCCCGUUGUUCCUGCCCAGGACAAAUAAUGAUUUCAUCUGGAUGGGUAGGCAGCUUUAGCAGAGUCAUGAGUCCACUUCCUUUCAUGUCAUCAAUAUGCUGUGCCCAAGAGAAUUAAUCAGGUGUGAUGACCUCUUUUCCAUGAUCGGGUGCUUCUGGGACCAGAAGCAGCAGAAACGUGACUAAAUCAGAGCAGCCACUCCCUCCACCACGAUGCUUUUCUAUAAGCUGCGGCUGCUCUCCUGGUCCAGCCCUGCUCUCCAUUUCUUCUUCUUGACAAUCUUAACGUUUGGCAUUUUGGCCCCUCUGACCUGCCACCACCUCCUCCACUCCUACUUCUACGUGCGCCACUGGCACCUGAACCAGAUGAGCGAGGAAUUCCUGGAGCAGAGCUUAAAGGAGGGUGAGGCUGCGUUCCGCUACUUUAAGAACCUCCAGGCCCUCAAUGCCACCCUGCCCAAAGGUAGGCAGGUCCCCUCACGGCCUUGGCUCUUGAUCACCAUCAUCACAGUGUACCGGCAGCCUGAGUUCCACUAUGUCCUCCAGGUGGCAUCUCAGUUCCAUCGCCUCCUUCAGCAGUGUGGUCAGCCCUGCCUGAGGCACCAGCUCUUCUUGUGUGAUGUGGAUUGGAACUCCAAACACAAGGAUGCCAAACUGCUGGCCAAUUUUAUGCCUGUGACCAGCCGAUUUGCAGGCACUAAGGGGAUGAACGUUAGCAGAAGUGUCGUCAGGAAUACAUUCGAGAAAGAGAAGCAGGACUAUGUCUAUUGCUUGGAGAAAUCCCUCCAGACCUACAACCCAGAAUACAUCCUGAUGGUGGAAGAUGAUGCCGUUCCCGAAGAGCAGAUCUUUAGUGUCUUACGGCACCUCCUAGAAACUAGAUUGUCUGAGCCACACCUCAGAAAUGCCCUUUACCUGAAGCUUUAUCAUCCUGAGAGACUCCAGUGCUACUUUAACCCAGAGCCCAUGAGGAUUCUGGAGUGGUUUGGUGUAGGGAUGUUCUUGGGGCCCUUGCUCAGUUGGGCAUAUGUCAAGAUUGCCAACCUCCCAGGACUGAACUACCGCAUUGUUCUUUUCUUCUCCUUGUACAGCAUGGGGCUGGCAGAGCUGGUGGGCCGGCAUUACUUGCUGGAGCUUAGGCGGCUGGCCCCUGCUCUCUACAAUGUGGUCCCCACUACACAGUGUUGCACUCCUGCUAUGCUUUUCCCUGCCUCUGCAGCCCAGAGGACGGUGAGCUAUCUAGCUGAGAUAUCCUGCCGCAAUGGCUUUGCCAAGGACAUGGCCCUCUACUCAUUUCUGCAGGACAAGAAUGAGAGGGCCUAUGUGGUAGAGCCUAACCUAGUGAGGCACAUUGGGCUCUUCUCCAGCCUCCGGUUUAACUAUAAGCCCAAAUUGUUAUAAAAUCCUGAGAACAGACUUUCUGGAUAUUGUUAGAGCCACUUCUUAGGGAAAGAUAUAUUUAGCCAUAUAUUUUGGAUUCACUUACCUUCUCUUUUGUUUCUUUAAUGUUGGGUAGAGAAGUGUUCAUUGGGUAAGUGAGGGGCUUAGGGGUCAAGUGCCUUAACAAUUCCUAACCUACAGAUUAGUGGCAGGCAGGAUGCUAUUUGAAUACCAAGUUUCUUCCAUAUUCUGCACCAGAACUAGAUAUGUGUCUUAUCCAUAAAUGUCUUGUGAAUUCUGGAUAUUUUGACUUUGACAUUAGAACUGCUUAGCAGAUCAGAUCCAGUAAAUCUCUCUUUCACACACACACACACUCACUCACUCACUCACUCACUCACUCAUGCACUUAGUCUCUUUUGAACAAGAAAGAGGGAACACCCAAGAUUGUGUCUUUGGGAAAAUUUUCAGUGAAAUAAUAGGCUGCCUCUUAGUGUCUUUUUAUGGGGGUUUAGAUCCAAUAACAUCCUGGUGAAACAUUCAUACAAAGAGAGAAUACAUACAGAAAGGAGACAGUAGGUCAUACCUGUGGGAGUUUGGGGUACAUUGGCCAAGGGUCUAACAGCUUCCAACUUUAAGGUUCUAGGGUCGUCAACCCUUUCCUCUCUAUCUUCCCCACCCCCCACCCCCCACAAAUAAGUCUGAAGGCAUAACCAUCUAAACUCUCCAAUUUUAAAUGUCUUUCACUUCUUUCUAGCCUGGAGCACCAGAAUUGGGAUUCAUUUGCCUUGCCAACAAUGAUUGAGACUUCUAAUCUUAUGAUACUGCUUAUUUCCUUUCUCCCAUUAUAUGCUUCCAUGCUUUCCACCUCCAUGAGAGGUUAUAGAGGAAUUGAAGGCAAAAUUUUACAUGUAUCAUCCACAUUUGUUCAUUCAACAGGCACUGGUCCUACUGUGUGCUAGGCAUUGAGAAAAAUACAAAGACAAGUCAGAGAUCACAAAAUCUUAGAGCUGGAAGGGCCCUCAGGUGACAUCUAUGCUAGUCUAAUCCAUAACGGAACAAAAUCCCCUCUACCUCAUACCUGACAAGUGAUCAUCCUGUCUUUGCCUGAAAACUGCAAUGGAAAGAAAACCUGCCAACUCCCAAGACAACUCUGUCUACUUUUUGAUAGCGCUGAUUGUUAGGAAGUUUCCAAUUUGCCUUUUUGUAGCUUCCGUGCAUUUUUCCCAUUUCUACUUUCUAGACCAGAGACCAACAAGUCUGAUCUCUCUUCCUUAUGACAGCCCUUUGAUACUUUUUAGGUGGGUAUCAUGUUCUUUAGGAUAAAUAUCUCCAGUUCUUUCAAAGGAUCCUUACAUGACAUGAUCACAAGUUCCUGUUUUCAUCCUAGCUCCUCUCCUGGAUGCUAUCCAGCUUAUGAAUUGUCUGUCCUAAAAUGUAGUGCCCGUACUAGAACACAGCACCCCAGGUGGUGUCCAAACAGAGCAGAGUACCGUUGAGCUAUCACAAUUCUCAAUUGUGGAUGUUGAGCCUAAGAUCACAUCAUCUUUGUGUUCUAAUGCCUUUGUGGAGCCUACUGUAGUAGAGAAGGGAGGACAUACACAAUAAUGAAGACGAUGUGUCCGCAGGAAAAUAAAAACCAAUCCAGGCUGACUUGAAAAAAGCCUUUUGAUUUGGUAGGUUUUUGAAAUAUUAACAUUUAGCCAUCUAAUUGUUAAACUGGGAACGGAACACAAAUUGUCAUUAAUUAUAAUGGAUGCAUGCAGGUGCAUGUGCGCGUGUGCGCGCACACACACACACACACACACACGCACACACUCUCACACCCCUUAUGGAGUAUCAGACCUGGCAAAGGGUUCCCUGCCCUUGAUACCUUAUCACGAAAAAAAUUCCAUUCUAAAUAAAAGAAGGAAUUCUGUCA